CUACUUUGGUUUAUUGAAACCCUUUCUAAACACAUUUUAUAUAAUUAUCUUGCAAUAAAUAAUCUUAGUUUUUAUUACAUCGUAUAAUUAUUUCUAACAAACUGAUUGCUGCUGGUUGCUAGUGGUGGCUGUUAGUUAUUGCUGACUGCUCUUGAUAUUAUUAUUGUUGUUUCUGUAAUCAUUGCAAAGAAACGCAAUUUAUUUCCGAUAUUUCAUUAAACUUAUAAGCAAUUUUUAUGUUUUUCCGCCUUUAUCUUUCAGAUCGUCGGUACGAGACACAUUUCUACUCUUAGCGUACAUACACAUGUUUCUCCCACCAAAAGCACUAUCGAGGAAAUGUACGUAUAGUUCGAGCGUUGGUCACUAGAGGUCCUUACUGUUUGUUCGCACUUUUCGGCUGACUUUUUAAACAUUAAAUCGGCAUUCUCUCUACUCAUCUUUGAUUGAAAAAACUUGUAUCUAUAAUCUAGUUGUUGUUUAAAAGUUCUCCUUGUAUGUGUCUAUUCUUCUUCUACAUUUCCGAUGUUUUACCUGUUAGUAGAAAGAAAACCAAAUUACAUUAAGUGUAAUUUGAUUUUAACUUUUGCAGACUGAUUAGAUCAAUUUACAUUCUAAACACAUGUAUUUCAAAGUUUACACUUUCAACUACUAUAAUUUUUAUCCAAGUUUCGAAUGUAAUUUAUGAGAAAUUAAUUAUUAUUACAGUUAUUGCUUCGAACUGUUGAAUAGAAUUUGUAGAUCUUUAUAUAUGCAUUUCGUAGGUUAAAAGGCACGUAGGGAGAACGUUGUGGAAUUAAUUCGGAAGACAUAAUCACAAAAGUUCGCGAAUUCACCUUCUUAAUUAAUUUCUUUUACUAAUGAAAAUUCAGUACAUCAUGAAGUAUGAUAUACAUAAUAUAUAAAUGGACCAUCGUUUGCGAAAGCUUACAAGUUUAUGUCGAAAUAACAUAAUGAAUAGAAAAUAGUACGCGAACUUUUAAUUCUUUAAAUUCAGUUUUCUGUAGAGAAUUCGAAUCGUUAGCGCGAGAGCGGCGUGCGCCUGCUGUUGUAAACGGUACCCAUCGAUUCCAGCGGCGCUUGCGAAGAAAGUUUAUCGAAGUAAAAAACGUAGAUGCUACGCCACUGGACCAAAGUGCAGGGGAAUGGAUAAUGUGCAGAAUACGGUUUCGAAAGGGAGCAGGACCGCAGCAGUGCACGCAGCAAGUCAAGAUUGUCAAGAUGGAUGCUCGGUGCCGUCGGUGCGGAGUAUGGAUUUUGCCGCGUGAUUCGUAAACGAGAAUUGUCAUUGUUGUUCAGUGAGCAAAAAAGGAAAACGUGCGUCGGGAAGCAUUGUUGUUCAUGGUGUUCCGAGGUGUUCCAUAGUGUCUCAGUAUGCAGCGUUAAGUAAACGGAAUGCUUUCAUAUAGUGAUGAGAAAAGCACCUAAAAGCAGUGCGGUAGUAGCGGCCUUCUACAAUGGUGGAUAACAAUUGUAUUAUCGAGGGAAACGUCAAAUUUCGUGACGGCAAAAAGUGGAAAUCAAGAUGGUGUGUCAUGAGGAAGUUGUCACCGGUUGCAGAUUGUCUUCAUUUACAACUUUACGGAGAUAGCAAGGAUCGAUAUAAGCAAGGUCAAACGAAAGCUUCAUUAAGUUUGCAACAUUUUCUCGGCGUGGAGAGUGGUUUCACUCUUGACAAGGAAUCCAAUACUAUAGCUAUAAUAUGCCAAGACGUGACGGUUGUUCUGGCUUUCGACACUAGAGAACGAUUGAUACAAUGGCAAGUGAAAAUCUCGAACAACUUGGGCGAAGAUCAGCAGUUCCUGAUACUGAUCUCCACGGUUCCAUCGAAAGCGAAGCUCACAAAUGGACCAGCACAUUUACACAUUCAAGAUCGCCGUUUUUGCAUCACCGUCGGCAUACCUCCCAGAUUAGUCGGUAUUUGGGAAAUCGCGCAUCUCCGACGAUAUGGCGUGGUCGAAGGACGAUUUUGCUUCGAGGGUGGUUCAAGAUGCGGUCGAGGAGAAGGUCUCCACGUGCUGAUAACGGAUCAAGGAGAAGAUAUCGUGAAGAUGCUGCAAUUAGCGGCAGAGGGGAAGCUGACCAAAAAACGACCGGUUAGCAGAGAACAGAUAACGCAGGAGAGCCCGCGUCGUCAGUUCUCUCGAUCGGAAACGAGGGCCAGCGAUUUUUUCCCCUCGGCUAUUUACUCGUCCACAUAUGAAGAGCAGUGCGACAGCUGCAAGAACGAGAGCUCCCCCUAUUGGUCGUCCACUGAGAGUAGGCAACAAACAGAGCUCGACAGGGAUUACAGUAGCAGAGACACUGUCUCCGUGUCGGAAUUGACCGAUCAGCCAGGGGAAUGGCGCAGCUGUUCUCUUACUCGUCAAGGAACAUCCGCUCUCGAGAGAUGCGCUAGCUGUAUCAGCAAGCUAGGAACUGUAUCCAAAUCGUCGACUUUAGCCACCACGACUGGAGCAAGCAGUAUAGGCAGUCCAGCAGGAACGAUGAAUAAUUUUGGUUGCCAUCUACAGCCACGUACGCUCGAUCGGUUAUCGUUAUCCUCGUACAGUAGUAGCAGCCACGACAGUGACUAUUCCAGUUCACAGCAGAUGGAAUGUCACUGCUCGCAAAAUUCAAAGAGCUCGCAACAACAAACGAGCGUUCAUCGCGUGUCGCCAAGCCCUAGCGCACUGCCACCGAGACCUCCGAAACCGUCCCAAAACACUGCCACGAAGAAGGUUAAGAAACCUCCUAUGCCCUUGCCAAACGAACAAGUUUGCGUGCACUCGCGUAGCAAGCAGCAGCUGGUUGUACGAAAUGCAACCGCGGCUGCUGGUCCUUACGAGAAUUACGACGUACCCAAAACGAUCUUGGGCCAUCAUAUGCUGUUAGAACAAAGUUCCCAACCGGAUCAGUAUUACGACACGCCAAGGAAAAUUAAAGAAUGUCUAGCACUGCCAAAAACCUAUCCUAAUUACGAUACGCCACAGGCGCCUCAAGCUGUGGUAUUACAACAAUGUGGUUGUCCGGCUAAACUCACCGUUCAAUCUCCCAGAUCUUCGGGAUGUCCCUGCCAAAACAUGAUGAGUUGGGCUGGUUUUGUAUUGCCGUACUGCAGACGCGGAGCAGGAAUUGAACCAACCGGUGUUGCCGUACAUCCCGUGAAACUUUCUGGAGAAGGUAAGAUGCCUGUUGUGAACGCGAGCGGGGAGAUCGCGAUUUACGCGACGGCGAAACGGCCGAAAAAGUCGGAGAAGACGGAGAACGACGAAGACAAGAACAAAGACAAUUGCGAAUGCCCAGAGAAUAGAACAAACAAUUACGAGAACGUCGAGCCUGUUAUCGACACGCAACCUGAGUCCAAACAAACGAAUUACGCGAACAUAGACUUUACCCAAUCUCUCGAACACUAUGAAAACAGCAAAGAUCUUUUAGCAAAGAGUGGAAUUUCACAGGAGGAAAUUGAGAAGUUUUCCAAUCAAAUUAAGGACGAGACAUCUGAACCGCCCACAGAAGAUUCGUCCAAGAUAUGCCAGAAAUGUGGCCACGUUAAGGACCGAGAGAACGAUUACUUAGUCAUGGAUCUCGAAAAGCAAACACCAAAGAAACCGUUCUCUGGAUACCUACCGAUGCAGCCAGCGCACAAUGCUUGUUCAAAGGAGAUUUUGUCGAGAAUUUGUAGCGGUAUAAAGAGCUCGAGUAACCCUGCGUUAUCAGGUUCCGCGUUAAGCGAGGGAGGGAAAAAGAGAUCCGAUUCUGAAUUUCGCGUUCCAGGUUCGGCGAUGUUGUCUAGUCCGUACCUUAGACGCCGUUACCUGGAGGGAAAUAGCGGAACAGAAUCCAACGGGAACAUUGGUCUAUUGUUGAGAAAACGAUCUUACUCUGCGGAAUCUGCUCACUAUUUGGACGAUGAGAAUCAUACGUUCCCAUCGACGUUGACCAUUCACAAAUGUUCCAGCGAAGCGGACAAAGCUUCCCUGGUUAGAGGAGAGACCCAUUCCCCGUGCGUUAACUCAGAAGUCAAGAUAAAUCAAGAUAGCGGGCAGAUAUCGAUAACCUCACCUCAGCCGUCAUUCAUAAAAAUUCGACGCUCCUCCUCCGUUCCAUCCAAGACCGGUCACAAUAGAGACUCUUCCAGUAGCAACGACUCAGGCGUUUCUACGGGAUCUCUUAGUCACAGAACGGCGGAAUUUGUCGAGUUCGAAUUGUCAUUGGCCCCAUCGACGUCGGCGAGAAAGCAAAACGUGUUGUCAGUUUAUAGGAAGAGUCCACCGCCUACGUGUUAUCACAGCAGCCUACCAAGGAAAUCCAAGUCCAGCGAUCCGCUUCGAGAGUUGUCGUUUCAGUUUCAAAAGAUUAAGAUUCCUACAAAAUCCUCUUCAGCGGAAGCCGAUAUUCCCACGUGUUUACCUAAGGCCACGAAAGGAUUCAAUAGUCCAGGGGAAGUGUCUAAUGCUCCUUAUAUCGACUCGCGAAGCACAAGCAGCGGUACAUCCGAUAUGUCCGACUACAUCGAGACACUGUCGUUGUCGUCCCACUCGUCAUCCGAUACGCCAGACAGUCUGAGACUGGGUGGCAGAGCAGUGGCAACGACGCUUCGUCCUCGCAGCGGGAAAGAGUAUUACAAGAUUGACAGAAGUAUUCUUGUUGAGCAAGGAAGAACGUUGACGACGCCAUCCGCCAAUUACGCGAAUAUUACCCCGGUGCUUGAGAAAAGCGAGUCCCCUUCGCCUGGAUACAUGAGUAGCUCUCCCUUUGAACAGCCACAACCUACUCGUGAACACUUUUUGUUUCCCGAUGAAGCUUGAACAUAGCAACACUGUUUGGCAAGAGAGCGGAAAACUUGAAGUUCCUAGGAAUUCCAAACAAAACCAGUAAGAGUAUUCAUGGUAGAAAUUAUAAUCGGGGCAUCGUGACUGUUUACACUAUACGCGGGUAUCUAGUAACUGACCAUUAACGCUUUUCGAAGCUGCACACGGUACGAAAGGUGCAUUUCGUUAAACCGGGAAGAACGAGGAUAUCAUCUUCCAGUGGUCCAAGGUUUAGGAAUCAUAGUAAGGAAUUUAUUCAGGACGGUUAUCUUUCUGCGUUCUUUAUGUCUUUUUAUGAUAAUGUCUUCUUACAAAGCGAACCCGCACAAUCAAAAAGAACCUAACAGAGGGGAGUUUUCGUAAGAGAAUCUAGGUUCUAGCGUAUAGUCGAAAUGAAGUCAAUAUACAAUUGAAAUACUUCCUACAACGACUCAAACAAUUUCUAAAAUAUGCUCAAUAAGAAACUGUAAUAGUUUGUAUAGUAAGAAUCCUGCCCUAGGAUAAAAACAAAUGUGUGCAUCGUAUACUUUAUAUGAGUAUAUCGUUUUUUGGAUAUGUUUUAUUUUAUAUGAGUAUACUUCUAUAUAGGGUAUUGUAAAGCGGUUAAACCAGAGGAUUGCAAUCAAUGCAUUCUGUGUUUAUACUGGUUAACGCGAUACCAUCGAUUUACAUUCUAAAAUAUACAACCAAAAGAUAAAGCAGAUGGAGAGGAAGAAAGAAAAGAAAAUGCAAUGAAAGUAGUCAGUUGCAUAGCGUUCACAGGGUUUUCAAAUCUUUACUAGUUAUUUUCUAAAGGCUUAAGAUAACAUUUAUAUAGCCGUGAAAUGGUCUUCUUUUUAACGAGAUUUAUAUGGUGGAUAUCGUAGUCUCUGGGCAAUCAAAGAUGGCACUAUGUAUAGAUUAUAAACAAGAUUUAAAUAAGUCCUAAGGAUACGCGAACUGAUAUAAAACUCGAAUUAUUUUUAUUGAACAUUUUAAUGGUUCAUGGGCAGACAUUUUUAUUCGUAAUCAUUCUCGUCGUAAUACGUUCCCAUUUUUAUACAUUCAUGUACAUUCGAUUUCAUAUGAUUUUCCUACUAGAUUUACGUAGAUCUACGCAACGAAUUAGUUCUUAGAAUCAUAAUUGCAAUAUUAUACUUCUCUUCUCAUUUUUUAUUCGUAAUAGUAGCAAACGUACUUAAGAUAUUUUUUAUUCGUACUUAAGAUAUAUCUAUGUCGUUUCGUAUGCGCGAAGAACGUAUAUGUCUAUGGAAUUCUUUACGAAAAAAAAGCGACAAAAAGAAGAAAAAAAAGAAACGAAGAAUAUUUAUUUUUACUUCAACGGUGCAGGAUCUUUUUGAUAAUAAAAGUAUAUCGUAGACGAUUAAGCGAGGGAGCUAGUACGACGUAUCGAAGGGAAAUCGAACUAGUUAGGCCUAUUUUACGUCUGCACGGCUUCGAACUUUCUUUUGAUCGUCAUUAACAAAAAAGGAAAAGAUUAAUUAUAUAUGCGCGAGCUGUAAUUGAACAUUUUUUCAUGGCAUGCAAUUUUUCUUGCUUAUGUCGAAAUCGCGCAUAAAAAGCAAUAAAAAAGAGAAAUAAAACAAAGAAACGCGCGCAAGGUUACGCGAUCGUUAAUAGAAUCUUGCACCGAGGAUAAUCGAGUUUUGGAACGCGCUGGUCGGGCUGGUCGAUAUUGAUAUUAUGCAAUGCAGUGAUACUGAACGCAAUAAUAGAAAUGCUAGGAGUUAUAUGGCCAUUAAGAAUGAAAAGAAAGAAAAGAGAGAAAGAGAGAGAGAGAGAGAGAGAAAUGAAAGAAUCGAUAUCGAGUGUUUUCGCAAUUGAAAUAUAUUAAAGCGGAUUAUUCUCUGUUUCAUGUACAUGUUACGCUCCGCGGAGUGAAUAAUCAAAUCAGUAUUCAGAAUCAAAAAGAUCAACGGUAACGUGGAUUUAUCAUGCGUAUUAGAGGUUCAUUGAACAAUGUAAAGUUAACCGGGAAUCACGAUUCAACGACAAUAUAGCUUGUAUUCCCACCCCCGUCGCCCCUCUCCAACACUCAAGGAAUUGUUUUCAUCGAGCCGGAACAGAAUUUGUAAUAUACGAUAAAUUGUAAUAACUCUCUAACACUACUACGUCCGUCGAUGAUUUUUCGAGGUUAUGUUCUGGUCUAACCUUCUUUUACUUUUUUCUAUCAGAGCAAUCGCAACUAUCGCUGUAGCAAUGCCACGCUUGUCCUUUUUAUCACGCCGCGGUUUUUUGUAAGGAUCCGAAGCGAAACGAGCCACGAGCAACUAGCUCUAAAAGGCUGUUUCGCACAGAGAGCGAUUAUGUAUAAAGAAUUAUAUACUUACAGUUGACUUUAUAACGAAUUGUAAAAGUAUUAAAGUAGUAUUAAUCACAAGACUGAAUGAAAAAAAAGAAAAGAGAGAAGAAUGAAAUAAUAGUUGCUGUGUGAUUAAAUCGUAGGAAAUAUCUAAAGAAGCUAGAUUUAUAUAUCAUUUUUUGUUCACGUGUGCGGCUCCCUUCGAGCGCCAUUUUCCGAUUAACCAUGUUUAAUCAGGGAGACUCUUCUCUCCCUUUUAUUUUCUACUCUGCAUUCCGUGCAUCGAACCUGUGUCUGUGUCUUCUAUAAUAUCGUAGAUAUGGCGAGACGUAAACGCGAAAGAAAAGAAAAAUACGAAAACGCAAGAAUAAGGUUAGACAUUUGUCGUGCUUGGCAAAUUUAGCAGGUACCAAGCCGCUCUGCUCUGUCCAAGCUGUCCGAAUUUCAUAUGCUUAAUUACAUUACGAGAAACUCGUAUUCUCCAUACGAAUGAUUUAUAGAACACGGCACGAAGGAUGCUUGUCGAGCAAGAAUCGUACGAAUAUUAUUAAAAUGUCAAGAUUAUUCGAACGUAGAAUUAAAUCGAUCGACCUUUAUAUUUCUCUCGCGAGGGUCGUAGAGACCCGGAGGAAGUUGUUAGAACGUAACGUCGAGAAAAGGUAUAAUCUUUAAGAUACAAGCUGACAUUGUACCCCACGAUUUUCCAGUAAAUAUUGUAUAAUAUUAAAAGGAAUAAUAGAGAUGCGUGACGAGAGUGCGUCCACGGAUUUAUUACGCGACUCUAUUAUACGUUGCAUCCGAUGAUUCCCAAUCGAAAAGAACGAGUUUCGAAGCGAUCAAAAAAUGAAACGUCUCGACGAGAGUGUACCGUUUAACGUGAUCGCUAUUAUCGAUUCUACGUGGUGGCGUAAGAAUUGGGAAUCGGUUCUAUGAAUACAUGCUAGUCAAAGUUAAGUACUAUCGUAGCGAUAAUAUAUUUUUACUGUAAAAGGGACUAUCGCGGACAGGUCGAAGGCUGAGCACGCGCUCCAUUGUACGGAAGGGGCUCAUUAUUCGAGCGACCAAAUCGUCAAUUGAAUCGUCUCUUCUUCUUUAUCAUUCCAUUUUUAGAAAAAUAUUCGAUUGCAACGUACAAAAAUCGAAUCGUAUCGUGUAAUUACAAAGCUAUAAUAACGAUUGCAUUUAUAAUAAGACUUCUUAAAUGCUAACAGGUAGCUUCUAGUCAACGAAGGAUCAAUCCGAAAAGUACGAUGAACGCAGAAGAAUAAUCAAAUCGAGUUUCUCGCACGUUGCCAUACAACGUGUUCGAUACUCUCUGAUACGCUCUAGAAAAAACACGAUCCCUCCAGGCAUUCGAACGAGCUUGAGACGAGAUGACGAGGAAUUGCUGGAAGUCGUGAAGACGCGUGCCAGCCUUCGAGCCUCGAACAACCAUAUCUAAGAAUUUACUAACGAUAUUAUUGAUCACGAAUAGUGAGUAACGUUUUUCGAGGGUAUUAUAUAUAAUAUAUAUAAUACAUAUAUAUAUAUAUAUAUAUAUAU